ACGACGUCGCAGGAUGUCGCACCGGACUGCUUAACCCUAACCAUUAAAAUCUCCCCCUUCCUUCCUUCCUUUCGAACCAAACACACAGUAAAACGCUAAAGCCCUCUGUAAGCCGUCGCCGCUAAUUUCUCCAAAUCAGGACAGGGAGAAGAUGGGAGGGUCGCGAAGAAAAUUGAAGCGGUCAAAACCAAAGGUGCAAGUGGGACUGCCAAAGAAGAAGCCAGGAGUAUUCAAGCCUGCGUUCUCUCUUCCUCCCAAGCUUCUAAACUCCUUGGCGGACAAAGGCCCUAUAUGGGACGACAAAGGUAGCGUCAUUCACAAUUACAAGUCAUUCGGCGUCGUCUCCAAUCCCAACUUGCUCAGCGUUAGAUCUCGUACUCCUCAUAUUGUGGAAAGCGAUUCCCUUCAGGUUCCCCUUCCUCCUGCUGCCACCGAUGAUGCCCCUGCGGAAUCGGAGCUCCUCGAUCCCGGUAGCGACCUCGAAGAAGACGACUUGAAAUCAGCUUUAGGAAAGAAGCGAAGAGAUGGAAAAAGUGCACCAUCUCAACCUUUGACAGCAAUGCAACGGCUUCAUGUUGGACGACUGGUAGAUAAAUAUGGAGAUGAUUAUCAGGGUAUGUUCAUGGAUAUGAAGCUAAAUACCAUGCAACAUUCAAUUGCGACUCUACAGAAGCUCUGUGAGAGGUACCAUAUGUAUAAAAAUAAGAAUCCCCUGCUUGUGGCUAAUUCUUAAAUACUCUGGAUUAGUUAUAUGACUAAAGGAUGAAACUUGUAUCCAUUGAUGGCAUUCUGAAGCUGCACUUGGAUUUCGCGGGAAUCUUUUUGCAUUGGAUCAGCUAAAUUUUGCGUGAGAGGAAAUGCUUUUCAUCAUUAUAUAUUUUUCAGUCCUUUGGAAUUUUUGAAAGGUGCUGCAAAAUCAAAUCAAACAUUAUGUAUGGGGGAAUUUUGCUUUCCAUUGUUCCCGUUGGAGGGCGGAAAUUCUAGAUUCUAAAGGGUGCAAUGGACAUGAACAAAUCGUAUUCAGUUGAAACUCACAGA